UAUGCAAUAAUUUGCUUGUCAGUUGCAAUUAAUAUGUAAAUUUGAAUUGUUGAUUAUAAGCCAAAAUGAAUAAAAAUUCUUAGAACCUGAAAAAAAGAAGGUAAUUCAUAUUCAAUUACAAGAAAGAGAAACCAAGGUUUAAGAUAAAUAAAACUUUUAUAAACUAGUUGCUAUGCAUUAAGAUAAAUUAAGUGAAUCAUCCUUUGCCUAAACAUAACAAUCAGGUCCUCAAUAUAUGAGAAUGCAUAAUUACAAAAAUAUUCAAUAUACUGCUGAUUUAGGAAUAGGAUAACCUGGAAAUACAUUUAAAGUUGUUUUAGACACAGGAAGUGCUAAUUUAUGGAUUGAUUCAACUAGAUGUUAAGAGGAAGGCUGUAUGAGACAUAAAUAAUAUAAUCAUGAGGAUAGUCAAUCGUUUUUACCUUUGAAUUAAGAAUUAAAUGUUGAAUUUGGAAGUGGUGAUUUAAAAGGAGUUGUUAAUGCUGAUACUGUUUAUUUUGGUGAUGUUACAUUACCAAGAUAAAAUAUGGCAGAGAUUACAAGUGAAAACGGAGCAAUUUUUAGAGAUCUUGAUUUUGAUGGUAUACUUGGAUUAGCUUAUCCAAAAAUGGCACCUAAGAAUUUUAAUCCAGUUUUUGAUAAUCUUAUGGAUUAAAGAGUUUUAGAGAGAAACUAAUUCUCAUUUUAUUUUGCCAAAGAUGCUAACGAUAUUGCUCAUAGUGAAUUUACUUUAGGAGGUUAUAACCCAGCUCAUGUUGAUGGAGAUAUUCAUUAUCAUGAUGUUAUAGAUAAAUAUUAUUGGAUGAUUAAAGCUGAUAAUAUUUUGGUUGAUAACAAAGAUAUUGGUUUAUGUCAUGGAUCAUGUAGACUUAUUGUUGAUACUGGCACAUCCAUCAUGAGUGGACCAUUUGAUGAUUUAGGAACUUUAUUGAGAACCUUAAAUGUUAAAUCUCAUUGUCAUGAAAUAAAUACAUUACCUACAAUUACAUUUAAGAUUGAUGAUGUUGAUUAUACAUUGGAACCUGAAGAAUACGUUAAACCAACCAAUUUUGAUGCUGCUUAAUUAACAGAGGUUAAUGAAGGUGAUGAUUUAUGUAAUAUUUAAUUUAAUUCUUUUAGAAGCAUUAAUUGAAGUUAAUAAUUGGGAUUGCAUAGCAGCAUUUAUGCCUUUAGAUAUUUAAUAACCUUAAGGACCUGCUUGGAUAUUAGGAGAUGUAUUCCUUAGAAAAUAUUACAGUAUAUAUGAUAGAGACAAUGAUUAAGUUGGUUUUGCAAAAGCUAAAAAAUGA